GGCCAUGAGAUUCCACACUCUGCACACUACCUCCAGCCUUAGGGUCACCAGAGUUGGCUGGUUCCCUUCUCCCAGUUGCCCCAGGUCUGGGCACCAGGCCACUUCUCAUCCUCCAGCCAGGGUUAAACAUUAGCGGGAGUUAUCAGCGCUGUACAGAGGAGGGUGAGGGGAAAUAAAAAUUUCACUAUCUUCUCUGCUGGAGUCACCAGUCCCCAAGGAGCCCAGAUAAUGCCUGUGGAGGAGUUCGUGGCUGGUUGGAUCUCGGGAGCUCUGGGCUUGGUCCUGGGACACCCCUUUGAUACUGUAAAGGUGCGUCUGCAGACCCAGACCAUGUACCAGGGCAUCACUGAUUGCAUGGUGAAGAUUUACCGCCAUGAGUCGGCCUACUGCUUGACCCCUUUUGACCUCACCAAAGUCCAGCUACAAAACCAGACAGAGCCAAGGGCCCAGCCGGGGAGCCCCCCACCCCGGUACCGGGGGCCUGUGUAGUGUGCAACCUCCAUCUUUCAGAAGGAAGGGCCACGGGGGCUCUUCCGAGGAGCCUGGGCUCUGACACUGAGAGACACUCCUACAAUGGGAAUCUACUUUGUUACCUAUGAAGCACUCUGUCGCCAGUGUACACCAGAGGGCCAAAAUCCCAGCUCUUCCACAGUGCUGGUGGCAGGGGGCUUUGCUGGCAUCACCUCCUGGAUCAUAGCCAUGCCCUUGGACGUGAUCAAGUCCCGGAUGCAGAUGGACGGGCUGACGCGGAGGGCGUACCAGGGCUUGCUGGACUGUAUGGUGAGCAGCGUCCAGGAAGGCCCUGGGGUCUUCUUCCAUGGCCUCACCAUUAAUAGUGCCCGUGCCUUUCCUGUCAAUGCUGUCACCUUCCUCAGCUAUGAAUAUCUUCUCUGCUAGUGGGGUUGAGAUGAGGCAAGGCAAUGCCAGUAGCUCCCAGCAGGCCCAAUCUUGCCUACCAGUGCGAGACUGGGCUGGGAUUAGAGGCCAAUUUGAAAGCAUGGUUUGCAGUUCCAGCCAGGAGGCUCAGCUCUUUUGAAUCAAGGCACCUCCCACCAGCCAGGGGCCAACAGUGGUGCCAGACUCAGCCUACCGUGACCCUCUGUAAGGUCUGUGGAGCAAGGAACGCAAUGCACCAGGGGACUAACCAGGGUGCUGGGAGCAUCCCAGCCCCUGCGCCUCCUGAAGAGCUCUGGAGACUCUCCUUCUGGCACCAUCCAACCUCCUGCUGCUGCUCACCUCCCCUUCUUUCAAACCUCUCACUAACCCUCACCUUAACUCUCCACGACUCAGUGUGACCUUGGUAUCGCUUCCCUCCUUCAGUGAUUCCCACCACCCUUAGAAAAAAGCCCAAACUCAUCCACUACCUGGGCCCUCCUGCCUACUAGGCUUUGUUCUCUCUUAGUGGCUUCCUGGGCCUUGAACAACCUGUGUUCUGUCAUUGCCCUGGCCUGGAAGGCUUAUUUCCUGGGUCCAGGGUCAGGAGGUGACCCCAUCCUCAUCCAAGACCCAGGCUGAGCACUCUGUCCCUUGGAGUCCUUCCUUGGCUCUUCUCAUCACCCCAGGCUGACUUUGGGAUGCCCAGGCACCCUGCUCACAUUCUGUGAUCAUAGCGCUGCCUGUGCCACUUCAGAGUUGUUGGUUCGCUUCUAGACGGUGGUGAGUCCCUGAGGUCAGGGACUAUACUAUACUUCUGAUUGGGUCUCAGCGCAAAGCCCACUGCUUGGAUGGACACGGAUUGUGUAAACGCUUGUUUUUUUUUUUUUUUUUUUUAAGAUUUUUCUUUUAUUUAUUUACUUAUUUUGUUGUAGUUUGGCCAGGGCUGGGUUUGAACCCGCCACCCUUGGCAUAUGGGGCUGGCACCCUACUCACUGAGCCACAGGCGCCGCCCGUAAACGCUUGUUAAAUGAAGUGUCCAUUGCACCCGUGGUCCAUCUCUCCCUUCUCCAGUUGCAAACACCUGCUUCCUUGGUCCUGCCACACACAUUUGUCCAUGAACCUCCCAGGUCCCAUUUGCUUGCCCUGAACUCUCUUGUGGUCAUCUGCCACUCUCUUGUGUUCAUCUGUGGAGUUGUGCAAGAAGUUGACGGGUCUGCCUUGCCCACUCUGAGCUGAUGGCACUUGUUUUGUUACCCAUCUCAAUUGCUAAGUGGGAAUGAAAAACUGGCUAAGAGGUUAUUUUAAUGACAAUAAAGCUGAGCAUAGUUUGUACCCACUAAUACCCUCAUCUGAUCUGAGAUCAACCUGAGUUCACCUCACGGUGACCUUGAUUCCUGAAGUUACUGCCAUUUGCCAAGGACUCCCUAUAGAAACUAUUGUGGUAUCAUCAUCACAGUUUACAGAGGAGCAGCCUUGGCUUUGUCCCUGUCACAGAGCUGGUAAGUCACAUGAGGAGGGGACAGUAUCCAAGCCCUCAACUCCAGAGUCCUGCUGCUUUGCUCCCCUGCUCUCCCAGGACACUGUGGCCAUCUCUCAUGCAACACCAAAGUUCAAAUUCCCCUGGGCUGGACCUGCUGAGUCCAGCUCCCUUCACAUGCUCAUCGAGUGCUCCUUCCCCAGAUCCUGUGCCACAGACUGCUGGAGGAUGCCCCCAAAUCAUUCUCCUGACCUCCAUCAUCAUAGUGUGGCCACCCGGCGUGGCCUCUGGGUUAUGUUUCCCAGCCUCUCUUGCAGCUAGGUAGGGCCUAAUCUGUAGUUAGGUUCUUGCUAGAGAGAAGAGAGCAAAUGGGAUGUGUGCAAAUUGCCCAUCAUUGUUGGCUGGAAGUGGUGACAAUGGGAGUGACUCUCAGAGGCGCUGUUGAGCACCAGGCUGAUUUUGGGAGCACAGCUCACCUCUCCACCAUAGGCUGUUGCAUUUUGAGGUCUCUGUGUCAUGAUGGUUUAGCAAACUUCACUCAAACUAACCCAGUGGGCAAGGUCUGAAGGUUUCUAGGUCAGUGGUGAUAGAAGUGUGAUCCGUGGGGAAGCAGAGCUGCUUAGAAAUGUAGCCUUUCCGGCUCUACCUUCAACACCAGCAACUCAGUGUCUGAGGAUGGGGCCCAGGAAUCUGUGUUGCGAAAAGCUUUUCCCGGGAUUUUCACACAGACUAAUGCUUAAGAAACAGUGUCUGAUACUCCUGAUAGAGGAAAUGAGCUGUCUCAUAUGGAAAACAUAUGAGAAGGGUCUUCCUGAGGCCAGUUCCCAGGUGACUUGAGGUGGUCACUGCCCUUUCUGUGCCUCAGUGUCCCUUCUAUGGUCCCUUCUAUUUGUACAGUGUGCAAGCCAGUGCAGCACAGGAAUUCUAGGCUGGACACGGCAGCAAUGGCAUUGGAACACUGCUGGGCCAGUGGGCAACUUGAAGGAAGCAAAUAGCAUGCAUGUGGCUCUUAUAAAUGGGGCAAGAAAGGGGCAGGAAGUCAGAUUGUCCUCUAUACUUAGCCAUUUCUUACCACAUGGCCAGUUAGCACAAGAGUAAAAGCCAAAAAUUCUUUUUUUGGUUUUGCUUUAAUUAAAUCCUUACUGGGGUCAUAACUGCCUGUAGGCCGGCCUCUGCACUGUCUGGGCACAGGCUCCCCUUUUCUCUCCCUGGUUCUAUCUAGAGUCAUUUCCUACAGGGCCUGGCUUCACCUUUAGAACCAGAGAGAGCAGAGCCUUGGAGUUCCAGGUUCAAGUUCUUCCCACUGGGCUAGGAGACAGUCAUGGAGUGACUUUAGGAUUAAGCUUGCAGUGAUUGGUAAGAAA